GUUAUGUUACUUACCAGUUUUACGAGAACGAUAUUAUUUCACUUACCAGGCUUUUAACAAAAGCUUUCGCAUAAAAAAUGGUAUUAACACUAUUCAGCAGUUUGGUAGUCCCAAAACGAUUUCUUUUUUCACUUCUACAAUGUUCAUCAUGUCGUCGAACAAUGGUAAAUAAACUCUGGUGCCAAGAAGCAGCAAGGAAGUGGUUCUACAAAAAGGAUCAGUCACUACAUUCACGGCUCUUGUCCGAACCAAAAUGUCAGAAACAUGUAGCCACCUGGUACCUACUUUAUCGUUGGUUAAUCUUUAUGGUCUGGGCUUGUAUAGUCGUGUGUUCGAUUUUCGAAUUCGGUAGCUACAAACCUAUGGUAGUAUAUGAUAAGUGGCCAAUUUAUUUGACAAACUGGGAUUUAAUAUUGGGUGUCAGUCAAGCUUUGCUUGGCGGUUUUCUCGUAUUGAGAAGAUGGAAACUGCAAAAAGUAUCAGACUUUGAUCCUUCCGCGUUGAUGCUGGGAUUGAUAGACAGAGUUUAUUGGUUCCUUUAUGUCGUAACUACUAGUAUCGCGUUUGGAGUUACGAUUACCUAUUGGUGCAGCAUAUUCGAUCCCAGGAUUCACUAUUUGGACCCUUUAAACAUUAUGCUACACAUAUGUAACAGUAUUUUAAUGAUAAUUGAUUUUUGUAUUACAAGCAUUCCGUUUAGGUUAAGGAACUUCUGGUGGUGUUUAAUCAUAGUGUUUUUAUACACCAUGUUUUCACUAAUAUAUUAUUUUGCUGGAGGAGUAGACAAGAAUGGUUAUCAUUAUAUUUAUAAAAUCCUCGAUUGGAAAAAACCUGUUCAAGCUUCAUUGAUAUGCGUAGGCGAAGGUAUAUUCAUAACCAUAUUGCAUUCCUUAAUGUGUUUCCUAGAGAAAGUGAAGGAUCGAUUGUAUCUGAAGAUCGAUAAGAAAUUAGGAAGACCGUAUGCGGAAACACACAUGUCUAGUGUAGAGAAACAUGCCGACAUUGUCUGAAAAUUAGCGAUAAUAGGCAACAUUUUUUCACGAUUCUAAAAUGAAGUAUUAUGUAUUUGUAUUUUGUCUUAAUAUCUUUAGAAACUCUGUACCAUUCAAAACAAUAGUUUAAAGCAUUGAUAUACCUACCUUUAGACAAGUUAAUUUUCUAUUUUUAGCUAUUAAUAAUUACGACUAGCGCCUAUGUGGAGGAAGAGAGAACUUUCUUUCAUCCUCAUUCAAUGAAGUUUAUAUCACAUUGACAAUAAAUUGAUUAACAGAAUUGUGAUACAUAAAAACAUACGCAUGUGUACGUGCACGAUUAUCAUGUUUAUAAUCGCAACGUUACUAAACAGUAUUUUUCAAAUUAUUUCUUUAAUAAAUAUCGUAUAUUACAAAGAUUAAAAACUGUUACAAAAGCAAAAUUUGAAAUUAAUAGAAAAUCAAUUUAGGAAAUAAAGUCAAAUAUACUGCGGCCAAUAAUUUUGUUAGUUAAACUACUAGUUUUAGCACUAUGAAAAUAUAUUAUGUAUAUUUAAUAAAAUAAAAAUAAUGCAUUAAGGAUAUUUUUAAUACAUGCACUUAAUGCGUUUAUAGGAAUUAAAGUACAUAUCUAAUUUCGUGCAGCUUAUAUUUUGUCCAAUUAUUUUUUAAUUAUUGUAUUGUAUACCAAUUGUAUAAAAACAUUCCAAUUUUCUGCUUUUAUUGAUAUUUCGGUAUAUCUUGGUUUAUUAAAUGCUGAAAUUAUUGAAUUGUUAUACAAUUAGUAAAAAUCCUCAAUGUAUGAAGUGUACAACAUGUAAACUACUCACAUUUUACAAAAUGUGUAUUCAGUUCCUUAACACUAGUAAACAAAUCUUAUUAUACAUUGGCUUUUAUAUACACAAGGUUUUAGGAAUUUUAUAUACAAUAGAAGAACAAUGAAUAAACUUUUUGGAAAAAUAGCAAUAAUUUAUUAAUAAAAUAACGAUUUGAAGCAAU